AACCUGACUCCUCCACCACUGCCUCCCCUAGGAAGCGGGAGAUAGAGGGGGAGAUGAGCAGUGGGACAGGUGUGAUGAGUCAUCAGGAUGGGACAGGUGUGAUGAGUCAUCAGGAUGGGACAGGUGGGAUGAGUCAUCAGGAUGGGACAGGUGGGAUGAGUCAUCAGGAUGGGACAGGUGUGAUGAGUCAUCAGGAUGGGACAGGUGGGAUGAGUCAUCAGGAUGGGACAGGUGUGAUGAGUCAUCAGGAUGGGACAGGUGGGAUGAGUCAUCAGGAUGGGACAGGUGUGAUGAGUCAUCAGGAUGGGACAGGUGGGAUGAGUCAUCAGGAUGGGACAGGUGGGAUGAGUCAUCAGGAUGGGACAGGUGUGAUGAGUCAUCAGGAUGGGACAGGUGUGACCCCCCCCAGAGGGAAGAGGGUGAGGACCCAGACGCCGAGGGCCCUCGCUCUGCAGGAGGAAACCAGGGCCAAGGAUGAAGCCAGGAGGAAGAGGAGCGCUUCUUCUCCUCGUAAGAAGCGCUCCUCUUCCUCUAAACAGGAAGUGGUCCCAGUACUCCCCCUCCCCUUCUAUCUGCAGCCCAUGUUGGUGUUGACCCCCGGUGGGCUGGUCCAAGUGGCACAAGCCCCGCCCCCUGACCCACAGCUAACACAGGCCCCGCCCCCCUUCGUCCAGCUAACACAGGCCCCGCCCCCUGGUCUACAGCUAACACAGGCCCCGCCCCCUGGCCCACAGCUAACACAGGCACCGUCCCCCUUCCUCCAACUAACACAGGCCCCGUCCCCCUUCCUCCAACUAACACAGGCCCCGUCCCCCUUCCUCCAACUAACACAGGCCCCGCCCCCCUUCCUCCAACUAACACAGGCCCCCACCCUCUUCCUCCAGCUAACACAGGCCCUGCCCCUAACACAGGCCCCGCCCCCCUUCCUCCAGCUAACACAGUCCCCGCCCCCCGGCCUACAGCUAACACAGGCCUCGCCUCCCAGACUGCAGCGAACACAGGCCCCGCCCCCCUUCCUCCAGUUAACACAGGCCUCGUCCCCCAUCAUUAAGCCCCUCCCCAACCACUUUCUGCCAUAUAAGGGCGCGGCGGUGCUGCAGUUUGACUCAUCCCUCAUGUUCCUGGAGUCGCAGGAGGAGGUGCGUGAUUGGCUGAGUGGACGAGGGGGCGUGGCAGCUCCUGGGGGGCGGGGCCUCCCUUACCUACCGCCCUCUGUCAGCAGUGUGAGGGCACUCAGUGCGCUGCUGAGGGCCCGCAUGUCUCUGAGCAACAGCUCCACGAGGCCCGUGCCCCUACGCCCCCCCGCCACACCUGAGAGGGGAGGGGGGCAUCUGGGCUCCACCCCCCCCCCUCAGAGACACGCAGGACGCUGUAGCUCCCUCCGUCCCACCCGAGGAGGAGGCGGAGCUAGUGAAGGAGGCGGAGCUUGUUGCAGUGACACGUCAGCUGGUGGCAGAGCGUUUCUCAGGUAACCCCGCCUACCAGCUGCUGAAGGCGCGCUUCCUGUCCUGCUUCACUGUGCCCGCCCUCCUCGCCAGCCUGCAGCCAAUCAGAAAGAAGACUGUGCCAGAGGAGGAGGAGGAAGAAGAGGAGGAGGAAGAGGAGGUAGAGGAGGUGUUGAAGAGGAUUAAAGGAAGAAAGAGGAGAGGAAGGAGAUCUGUCCUGCUGGGAGACGGGCCUGGAGCUCCAGCCAAUCACUUCUCAGGGAUCCAGACCAAUCCAGACCUUCAGGACACUGUCCACUGAGACCUCACAGAUAAAGUGUCCUCACAGGACUCUGUCCUCUGAGACCUCACAGAUAAAGUGUCCUCGCAGGACUCUGUCCACUGAGACCUCACAGGACUCCGCUGAAGAGGUCACUGAGAAUGUUCAGAAAAUAAACAAGUUGGCAGUUUUAUAUUUUAAUGUUUUUAGUGGAGAAACUUCCCAAACGAAACCGUUUGCAGCUCUGUGGUGUGUUCAGGAACAUCAGGAAAACACGUGAAAAUUGUGUGUUCAGGAACAUCAGAAAAAAACGUGAAAAAUGCACCGUCUGUGGUGUUUGUUUUUUUGUUGUUCAAGUUUUAUACAGUUUUCUGUAAAAUAAAAGUUAUAUUGAGAAGAUUGUUCUGUAAUAAAGACGUUUAUGUGAAAUAAAGUUGUCUGUUUGUCUGAGA